AUGUUUAUGGAACGUAUUCUUCUUGCUACUGACUAUCCAAAUUUAACUAAACUUACAAUUUUUCAUUUCCAAGAAGAAAUCGCUUCAAACUAUUUUACAAAUGAAUCAUCACUUCGAUUUAUUUUCCAAGAACAAAUUACAAAUCUUAUUCUUAUUAAUAAUGAUAAACACAAAGAUAAAUUAUUGAAUCUGAAACGUUUCUCAUUAAAAUCGUCUUAUCCAUUUCAACAAUAUGAUAAAGUUGUAUUACUUCUUCGUCGUCGAAAUAGAGUUAUUGGUGGUACUUAUGUUCAACAUGAUAUUUUGGAUUAUAUGCCACAACUUCGUUCAUUCACUUUCUAUAUUUGUACUUAUGUCGGUCCGAUUUCUUUACCCUACAAAUUACCAAGUGAAGAUAUUCACCUAACAUUAGCAAAUAUUGAACAACAUGUCGGUAGUAUGGUCAAUUAUGUUACUAAUAGUGUCAAUUUUGUUUAUGGUGUGAGAGCUGCAUGCUCCGUUUUCUCACUUCCUUUUGGAUUUGAUUAUCUCCGAGAUAUUGGCAAUAACUUUCUAAAUAUUGUAUUUAGUUAUGUUACCUAUUUAGUUAUACAAGAUAUUAUUCCAUUCGAACAUGAAUUCUUCAUGCGAAUUGCCCGAUCGUUUCCGUUACUGAAGCAUUUAUUUAUUCGAAAUAAAGAAUCACAAAAAUUGGAUGGUCUUAUGACUUGUUCAUCUGACAAUUGUCAAUUACACUCAAUUAUUGAAUAUCCUCAUCUGACUGUACUUGGUGUCGUAUCUGCACAUAGAGAUUAUAUUGAUCAAUUUCUAAAUGAAACAAAGACAUUCGUACCUUGUCUGACUGAAUUUGAAGUCUAUGUUGAUGAUUUAAAAACUGUAACAAAAGACUUUACUAGGGAAGAAACACGACGCAAUUGUGCUAAGGUGACAAAAAUAACUUCGAUAGAACCAGUGGUACAUUCGGAAGAUUUAUGUCGUUAUUUUCCUUCGUUGUAUAAGUAA